GGUAGGGGCUGCAGGUUCCAUCUCGCACAUUAGAAAGAUCGCGAGGAAGAUAUAGCUAGCAGCAUGGGGCGUCGGAGCAAUCUAGUUACGUGGCUCCUCGCUUUGGUCGUGCUAGCCCUAGCCCUUUUCGCCCGGCCGUUUGCCGCCGCACAGAUCAAGACCACCGACACGCGCUGGAGCUUCCAGCUUCCUUUACCAAGCGGCCUCCGCGGCGCCGAGAGCCUCGCCUUCGACGGGAAGGGCGAGGGGCCCUACGCCGGUGUCUCGGACGGCCGCGUCCUCAAGUGGGGCGGCACAACCGUCGGCUGGACCACGUUCGCGCAUAGCGCAAACUACCGCAAGAUACCCCUGUGCACGGCGGGAGUGGUGCCGUCGGAGGAGACCGAGAGCAUGUGCGGCCGCCCGCUGGGCCUCCAGUUCCACGCCAAGACCGGCGACCUCUACAUCGCCGACGCCUACCUGGGGCUCAUGAGGGUCGGCCCGGGCGGCGGCGAGGCCGAGGUGCUCGCGACCGGCGCGGGCGGCGCCCCGUUCCACUUCGUCAACGGUCUCGACGUCGACCAGUCCACCGGCGACGUCUACUUCACCGACUCCAGCGCGACGUAUCCCAGGAGGUUUAACACCGAGAUCAUGAUGAACGCGGACGCGACGGGCCGGCUCCUCAGGUACGACGCGCGGACCAAGAGCGUCGCCGUGCUGAAGGCCGGCCUGCCGUACCCGAACGGCGUGGCGGUCAGCCGCGACGGGGCACACGUCGUGGUCGCGCACACCGUGCCCUGCCAGGCGUUCCGGUACUUUCUCAGCGGCGCCAGGGCGGGGCAGUACGACCUGCUGGCCGACCUGCCGGGGUACCCCGACAACGUGAGGCGGGACGGCAAGGGUGGCUACUGGGUGGCGCUGAACCAGGAGAAGCAGCGGCUGGACGCGAUGCCGGCGACGGCUCCCGUGAAGCACCUGGUGGGCGUCCGCCUGAACGCUGACGGGGCGGAGGUCGAGGAGCUCACGGCGGCCAAGGGCGUCACGCUGAGCGACGUGGCGGAGAUGAAGGGGAAGCUCUGGUUAGGCUCCGUGGAGCUCGAGUAUGUCGGCUUGGUUGCAUGAGGUGCUGGCUGCUGCGUCUGCGUACCAGCAUUAGCUAUGAUGUUAAUUAGGAACGUAGGAUUAGGAAUUGCAUUAGUAAAUUUAGGAACUUAGGAUUAGGAAUUGUAUUAGUAAAUUUACGAACUUAGGAUUAGGAAUGGCAUUAGUAAAUUUAGGAACUUAGGAUUAGGAAUUGCAUGAUAAUUCAACAUUAAGAACUAAUCUGAAGACUUUUUUCAUUACAUAA